CCUUCAAUCCCUCGCUCUGCCAGUGACUCCAAAGCUCAGUCUUGUCCGAAUCAACUGUGUCAAACUGACACGAAUGCUGGAUACACCCAAGACCCCUGUACGACGCUCUAAGCGUGGACAACCCAUUGCUUCUCCGUCCAAAUCCUCGAGACGUGGUCCUCAAGACAAAUGGUCGGGUUCCUCGGUGCACAGCCGCGCACUAGAGCCCGAACUCGAUUCGUUCCCCGAUUCUACGGACCCUUCUGAACUUGAUCCCGACCAGGACGCCCUGAAAUAUCGUGCUGUGUUCUACGACGCCUUCGAGCGCGGCGCGGGUACAUCCGCUGGGACGUUCCACGUCGGCGACGCGGUGGCAGUGGAGACGGAGGCCUUGUAUCGAGCGGAGAAAAAGCCAAGCAUCGCUGUCAUUACUGCCCUCUGGGAAAUCGUGAAGGAGGACGAAAGUGAGGAUGUGAGGAGCGACCGCAAGAUGCUCGCUAGGAUACAUUGGUUCUUGCGGCCUUCCGAGCUUCCUAAGAUCGGUGCGAAACGCACACAUCUCGAGGACGAACUCUACUACUCGCUCGAUUCACACACAGUCCUUCCCACAAGCAGCAUCCUGUCCACAUGUCUGAUCUCUGCCACGGUUGCGCCUCCCGUCCUACAGGCAUCUCCCAUCAAGAAGCGUUCACGCUGGACCUACGCAGAAGACAAAAAGAAGGUCGGCCCGUUCGUCUGCAGGACUGCAGUGGAUUCCCGACGCGGAUUGUUCUACACAUUCGAUUGGGCGGAGAUGCGUCGGAAAGCAUUGGAAGCGGAGAGCAAACGUUUCGGGUCGGGCGAGCAGUGGAUCGUGAAACCCGAGAAGAAUCGCGCUCCACCCAAGAAGAAACGGAAGCUCGCGGUCAUCAAGGAGGAAGAGGAAUCUGGGGGCAGUGAAGACGAUUCCGGUCGCUCGAGAUAUGAAGCUGACAGUGCGGACGAAUCUGACGAUGAAGGUCUGAGUGACGGUGCAUCAGAUAGCGAUGCCGGAGGUAGUGACGACCCCGACGGCGAUGAUGAUGACGAAGAGAUAGAAUAUACCGGUCCAAGGACGCCCAAACGGAAGCGCACCAUCGUUCAACCCACCCCGCACUCCAAAGCAGCUCUCAGGAAGCGACGGCGAGUGAAAGGAAAGUCUACAGCAAGCCCCGCCUCGCCCCGGAAACGCAAGUUUGUAUUUCGAGACGGCAAGGGUAUUCUGGAGUUUGACGCUCUCGCGGAUAUGCCUGACGAUCCCUGGCUUCGGACAAUGCACGUCCUGCAUGUAGGCAGUCGACCGGACACCUUGCCAUGUCGCGAGGAAGAGUUUGAUCGCAUCCUGGGCUCGGUGGCUGAUCUGCUAGAGGAAGGCAGCGGGGGGUGUAUAUACAUUUCCGGUGUCCCUGGCACAGGAAAGACGGCGACUGUACAUGCUGUCGUACGUGAGCUCAAACGAAUGGCAGAAAACAACGAGACCAACCCGUUCACAUAUGUGGAUAUCAAUGGCCUUCGAAUACCUGAACCUGCUGCGGCAUAUAACAUCUUGUGGGAGACUGUUUCCGGGCACGACGUCGAGAAGGAAGGCCACCUACGCAUGAGCUCGAAGGAGAGCCUGAAAGCUUUGACGGCGCAUUUCAGUCGACCAGGCGGCCGCGGUCCCGGAGGCCAUGCCUGCGUGGUUCUGAUGGACGAGCUGGACCAACUCAUGACGGCAAAGCAAGAUGUGGUGUACAACUUCUUCAAUUGGCCAACGCUGGCCGGAAGCAAGAUCGUCGUUCUGGCUGUGGCAAACACGAUGGAUCUUCCGGAGCGUGCUAUGACAGGUCGAGUGCGGAGUCGCUUAGGUGGGUUUGCUCUGAUCUCUGGGUUUUAUCUGGGACUGAAAGCGAGCACAGGAAUGACUCGGAUCAACUUCCAGCCCUACACAGCUGCACAGCUGCAAACGAUCGUGGAAGCACGGAUUGCGAGAGCGAACGCACCAGACGUCUUUGCGUCGGAUGCGAUCCGGCUCACAGCGAAACGGGUCAGCAAUGUCAGUGGAGAUGCUCGACGGAUCCUCGAUAUAUGCCGACGAGCUGUCGAGCUGGCGCACCAAGCUCGGAAGCCCACGACCAUCUCGCAUGUGCUUGAAGUGACGAAGCAAAUGCAGAACAGCCCGACUGCAGCCUACCUCGGCGACUGCAGUUUCCACGAGCGGCUGGUGCUGAUCUCGCUAAUCAAAGUGAUCAAGCGCCAGGGUGUCGACGAGAUCCCGUGGUCGGAGGUGCUCUAUCAGCACGAGAACUACGUCAAAGUCGUUGAAGAUCCGGAGGUCACACACUUGCGGCAACCAACACAGCAUGAGCUGGGUGUUGUGCUAGAGUCGCUGGUAGCCUGCCAGGCACUGAUCAUGGAGAGUGGCACUACGGCACUGCGCAAGCCUCUCGGGGAGCGCAAGGUUGCCUUGGCCCUCGAGCAGAGCGAGGUCGAACGAGUGCUGGGCGAUGUCGGCGGCGAGAAGUGGAGGAACCUUCUCAGUGGCUAGCCCCCUGUUGUAUCGCUCGCAUAUAUGCACACUGCUGGAACUAGCGCGCAGCGCUCCUCACAACCAUAGUCUCCUACAUCCUAUGCUGUCAAUCUCCAGGCUGAUCAUGAAGAGAAGGGACGAUGAGGAUCUCCCGGAGCGCGCGUCGGCUUUCAUUCCAGAGGACUUAUGACUGGUGCUCUCGCUCAAGUCAGAGUCCUUUCACGCAGACGGUGACUCUUACUUCCCAAUGCCCAUCCCUUCAGUGCCAUUGUGCGCAACAUUUGUUACAUGCAGUGAAGAGGCAUGCCAUGGUAUUAUCCCAUAGCGCAUCCAGCCCGAACCCCGUGGCUGCGGCGCAGGCAUUGCAUUCCCAGCCAGUAAGCUCUUACUUUCAGCCGCGAUUUGAUGGCAUCGUGAGCGGCUCUUUACCGUAGACAUGACUAGGGCAACGAUUCGGGUUGUUUGACUGCUCCAGCUCUAGAGAGGAAAGGUAGAAAGGACCUCGACAAUCGUGCGACAUCAAAGCGUCUUUUCACUCGAGAUCCGGCAGCGAAUGUUUCUCCACACGAGAAAUCCGACUCGCUGGAUUCGUACGACUUCGUAUCAGAGCAGACUGGGAAUGGUUGACGAAUGAACUGACUCGAAGUAGCGAAGCACUUCAGCCUUAUGAUGGGGAAACCCUCUCGAAGCAUUUUUA